CCAUUCAUGCUAAGGAUUUAGGAAAAUUGCGUGAAAAGCGUAGUCCGAGACGGCGAGGCUUGUUCCUGCAGUUCUGAGCAAAUCUACUGAUGGAGAAGGGAAAGGGAGUGAUGGGAGGCGGGGGACGACGAUGGGCCGUUGACUUCACCGACAGUUCUACUUCUCAUUCUUCUCGUGACGUUCCGGAUCCUCCCGGUUUCUCCCGUGCUUCCAUAGACCAGGAUGAUUCCUCCUUGAGUCGUCAAAAGAAGGACGCAGAAUCCAACUGGAAAGCCCAGAAAGCUUGGGAAGUGGCACAAGCCCCAUUUAAGAACUUAUUGAUGAUGGGUUUCAUGAUGUGGAUGGCUGGUAACACGGUUCACUUGUUUAGCAUUGGUAUCACUUUUUCAGCUCUUUGGCAACCAAUAAGCGCAUUACAAGGGGUUGGAAAGAUUUUUGAGCCAUACAAAGACAGUAAAGUGGAUCUUCUUGGGCCUAAGUUGCUCUUCAUAGCCCUUAAUUUGGGGGGCUUGGCUCUUGGUGUUUGGAAGCUCAACACUCUAGGCCUUCUUCCUACACAUGCAUCAGACUGGGUCUCAUCCUUACCACCUGCUCAGGAGGUGGAGUAUUCAGGAGGGGGUGUUAGUUUGGGUUGAUUUGGAUCUCGUGUUAAGUACGGUACUGUCUUUAAAGGGAAUUUGAUUAAAAGCAUGAUCAGAAGUCAGUGCUUAUUGGUCCAUUUGGCGUAUUCUAAUGGGCGAUAUGGACCAUGAGACAGAUUACUCCUGGUCUAGAAACAAUAUAACCAAUUCUUGCUGUCCCCAAGACUUAACUGGUUUUGUAUCCAACUGGAAGAGCUCUCGGUAACUCGCAGUUUAGUUUUGUUUUUGUUUUUUGUUUUUUAUUUAAAGACGUUACCGGUGAUGAUUAGUGCCUUGCGGGUUAUAUUGUUUCAUUAUAUCAAGAAACGUGAGUUAUUCCGAAGUUAA